AAAAAUGAGCAUCUACAAACCACCCACACUCCAUGAGCUAGCAGUGCAGAGCCUGCUCUGGAACGAGGCCACAACCAUCUCUACUCUGGAGUAUUUGCCAAUUAAUCUCUUCCCACAAGUAUUUAAGGAGGCCUUCACUGGUAGACGCAUGGGGUUACUGAAGGCAAUGGUGGUUGCCUGGCCAUUUUCCUACCUUCCUGUGGGGGCCCUGAUGAAGACACCAGAUGUGGAGUUGUUCCAAGCUGUUCUGGAUGGUGUAGAUAUUCUUCAGACACAGAAGGUUCGUCCCAGAAGUUGGAGGCUUGGAAUACUUGAUUUGAGGAAUAUGAACCAGGAUUUCUGGGAUGUAUGGGCUGGGAGAGACUGGUACUACUCAACAGAGACUGAAAGGAAUGCACAAGUAUGCAAUGAACUGAGGCAGGAUUUGAAGGUUGUCACUGAACUUAGUCUCAGUUCCCACCUGAAAGAAGACCAAGCACACUUGUUGCAUUGGGCCCAGCAGAGGAAAGACCGUGUGCGGCUGUGCUGUGUGAAGAUGAAGAUUUGUGACUCUCCAAUCGAGAUUAUCAAGGAGGUCUUGGACAUUUUCCCACCAGAUUAUAUCGAGGAAUUGGAGCUAUACACAAGCCAGGUGCAGCCCUUCCUUUGUCACAUUGCACCUCAUCUUGACCGUAUGACAAGACUUCACAAAUUUAAUGUAAUUCACAUGGUCUUGAACAUACACACAGUCAAAAAUACCUUGGCGGAUAUAGAGAUGUUUCCUGUCCAGUUUCUCUCUCAUUUCUGCAAGCUCAACUCCCUCAAGCAUCUUUCCAUUGAUGGCAUAUACUUUCUCCCGGGCCACAUGCAUGUUUUGUUUGGGUAUAAUUUCCUUUUCUUCCCUAGAUGCCUGAAAAGCCCAUUGGAGACCUUGACCAUCGCUCUCUGUCGUCUCUCCCAGUCAGACUUGAAACAGUUGUCACAGUGUCAGGGGCUCUGGCAACUGAAACACCUGAAAUUCAGAAAUGUAGUUUUGUCCAGGUUGGGUGCCCCACAUCUCAGAGUUCUACUUGAGAAUACAGCAGACACUUUGCAGACCCUAGAGUUGGUGGAAUGCUGGAUGGAGGACUCUCAAUUCAGUGCCCUGUUGCCUGCCCUGAGCCUGUGCUCACAUCUCAACACUGUGAAUUUCUGUGAUAACAAGAUUUCCACUGCAGUACUGAAGAAGCUUUUGCAGAGUGUGGCCAAUCUAAGCAACAUAACUGUAGAGUUCUACCCCGCCCCACUAGAGUGCUAUGAUCCCCUGGGUUCUGUCCUGGUUGAGAAAUUUGCCCAGUUAUGUCCUGAGCUGCUGGAUAUACGUUGUGCCAAAAGGCAGCCCAACACAAUACGUUUUACUACAGACAUCUGCCUUGAAUGCUACAUGCCAUGUUUUUAUGACACUGAGGCCAGACUUUGCCAGUGCUGGCAAUAAUUAGGAGAUUUCUUCUGGAUACUGAGAAAUGAAAGUCUAUGGGUUGGAUUCGAAUAGUUUGGACCCAGAACACAUGGCUUCAGGCACUGUGUGAUGCAAUGGAAGCAAGAGUGUUCAGGUGAUGCACGCCAUAGAGACUAGCUUGACUUGAAGUAUAAUGGGAGCACAGUGAUAUUGUCUUGUCAAAUCAGAAAGGCAAUUUUGCAUUUCUAUCUGUACCUCUCUGAAAACAGGAUCACCAUUGACUUGCCAAUAUGUGACAGUCUUAAGCAUGUGGUCACACUAGGAACGUGGAUAUUCUUCACUGAUGUCCUCAGUUAUUGAUCUCAGCUUUAGGUCACAGUCAAUGUGUCUUGAGACAGCAUGAGUACAAUUAAGGGCAUUAUGGUCCAAGGAUUGUCUUCAUCAAAAUGAAAUGAAGUGAUUUAUGGCAUUGCCUUUCCCCUACUUCCCAUCGUAUGGCUGAUCAGUGGAUUGUUUGUUUAGACUUGUUAACUGAAUGCAGCAGUGUGGCCCUGAUCUCCUUUGAAGAUGAUUUUGGAGAAACACAGAAAAUUGAAUCGCAGGGUACUCAGACAAGGUUUGCUGGGAACCCCUUGAAGAUGACUGAUGCCGAAUCCUUGCCUAGAAACAUGACUGACCUGAGACCUUGUUCACUCUGUGCUUGUUAGCUCUGUCUUUAUUUUCUAAGAGAGUAGCCAAGUCAGCUAUUUUAUUGUAUCAGGUAGCAUUAAGAUAAUUUUUAUUCCUCUGUAUUUUCAUUGGUCUUAUUUAAAUAAAACAAAUGCCCCUAUUCUCACAUGUCA